AGUUUUUGGACGCGUGGGCUUCCGUAUUCACUGGCGCACGUGAUAUUUGUCACAUGAUGGAAAUAUCUUCGCUUCACUCUGCCGGCUAAUAUCAUCAGAGUGUCUUCAGCAAAACAUGCCUACAUCAGCUCCUAUAAUUAGAUGUGUUCAGAAGCUAGAACUUUAUGAAACAAGAGCAAGGUAUUUCCUUGUUGGAUGCAAUCAUGCAGAGACCAAAUACCGUGUUUUGAAAAUUGAUCGUACUGAGCCCAAGGACCUGGUUAUUAUUGAUGAUAAGCAUGUAUACAACCAGCUAGAGGCAAGAGAACUUUUGGGUCGCCUAGACUUGGGAAACCGGACCAAAAUUGGACAGAAAGGAUCAUCAGGAUUGUCUAAAGCUGUAACUGCCUGUGGCAUUGUUGGUUUUGUUCGUUUUUUAGAGGGUUACUAUAUUGUGUUGAUUACAAAACAAAGGAAAGUGGCAGACAUAGGUGGACAUUCUAUCUACAAAAUAGAAGACACAAAUAUGAUCUACAUUCCAAAUGAUUCUGUCAGAAUCACACACCCUGAUGAAGCAAGAUAUGUGAGAAUUUUCCAAAAUGUUGAUCUCUCUAGCAACUUCUAUUUUAGUUAUAGCUACGAUUUAAGCCAUUCUCUGCAGUAUAACCUCAGUAUUUUAAAGACUCCCUGCGAUCUGAAAUCUGAGGAGAUCUUAACCCAGAAUCGUCAGGAUAGCUUUGAUAUCUUUGAAGAUGAAGGACUUCCAACACAAGUGGUUUUUGGUAUCGGCAGUGAACCUUAUGCAAAAUAUGUGUGGAAUGAACAACUUUGGGGAAAAGUCAAAGAUACUGUGCAUCCUGACUGGAUAAUGUAUAUUAUACAUGGAUUUUGUGGCCAAUCAAAACUACUGAUAUAUGGUAGACCAGUGUAUGUCACACUCAUUGCUAGAAGAUCAAGCAAAUUUGCUGGAACACGCUUCCUCAAGCGAGGAGCCAACUGUAAGGGGGACGUUGCUAAUGAGGUAGAAACAGAGCAAAUCAUCUAUGAUGCUUCUGUGAUGUCUUUUACUUCUGGGAGCUAUUCUUCUUAUGUUCAAGUCAGAGGCUCUGUCCCACUGUAUUGGUCUCAAGAUAUUUCCACCAUGAUGCCAAAACCUCCCAUUAGAUUGGAUCAGGCUGACCCUUAUGCUCAUGUAGCAGCACUGCACUUUGACCAAAUGAUGCAGAGGUUUGGAUCUCCUAUUAUUAUCCUAAAUCUUGUCAAGAAACGUGAAAAGAGAAAACAUGAGAAGAUACUGAGUGAAGAGCUGUACCCUGCUGUGACAUACCUUAAUCAGUUUCUUCCUCCUCAGUAUCAAAUUGAUUAUAUUGCAUGGGACAUGGCCAAAUACACAAAAAGCAAGCUGUAUAAUGUUUUGGACAGACUUAGCUGGAUUGCCGAAAAUGUUGUGAAGAGAACAGGUUUCUUUGUAAAUCGUCCUGAUUUCUAUUGUAGUACCCUUAGACCAGAUGAAAGAUGGGGAGAUCUUGGAGGUUUUGUUACAGAUCAUGGCCGUAUACAGACUGGUGUUUUGCGGACAAACUGUGUGGAUUGCUUAGACCGGACUAAUACAGCCCAGUUUAUGGUUGGAAAAUGUGCUUUGGCAUAUCAACUGUAUGCCCUUGGCCUGAUUGAUAAACCUAAACUACAGUUUGAUACAGAUUGUGUCAGACUGUUUGAAGAGCUGUAUGAAGAUCAUGGAGAUACACUUUCCUUGCAGUAUGGAGGAUCUCAGCUAGUCCACAGGGUGAAAACCUACAGAAAGAUUGCACCAUGGACGCAGCAUUCUAAAGAUAUCAUGCAAACCCUUUCAAGAUACUACAGCAAUGCUUUUUCAGAUGCUGAUAGACAAGAUGCCAUAAAUCUUUUCCUGCAAGUGUUCCAACCUUUUGAAAACAAACCUCAUCUAUGGGAGCUUCCUACUGAUACUUACCUUCAUAACAAAAACACCAUGCACUACUCUUAUUUUCGAAGAAGUUAUACUUACUGGUGGACUCCUGCAGUUUUGCCCUAUUUGCCACUCCCUUAUGAUGAAGUUUUAUGUACAGAAAACAGAAAGAAGCUGGCAAUCAAAAGAUUCAACAAGUAUGAUGAAAGUAUUGAUAUAUACACAGAAUUUUUUAGACCCUAUGAACUCAGUUGUUUUGAUGAAUCUUUUUGCCUCUCUAUGACUAAUUCAGCAAGGGAGUUCAUGCCAAAGACUGUAGGGAUUGAUCCUAGUCCUUUUACAGUUCGUAAACCAGAAGAAACUGGAAAGUCAGUGUUAGGCAACAAAAGCAACAAGGAGGAGGCAGUUCUGCAGCGUAAAACAGCAGCAAGUGCACCCCCACCUCCUACAGAGGAAGCAGUCUCAAGCAGUUCUGAGGAUGACUCAGGCACAGACAAGGAGGAAGAAGGAACAGGAUCACAGCGGUCUACACCUGUGAAAUUAUCAGACACCACAGACACUACAAAGGUUCAAGAGGACUUGCCCCAACUACAUGUAAAGGAAGUAUAUGGAUUAAAUCCUGCAGAACAUCCUUCUGAAGAUGACUUAUUGAUUUAUCAAAGAUUUGUUGUUCUUGGACAAAAUCAACAUAAGGUUGAGAGAAGAAACCAGAUAAUGGAUGCAAAACAUGCAGAAGCAAUGAUAAGCCUAGAUUACAUCUCAGAUUUUUCUGAUGACAGCAUUUAUGCUGUUCAACCACCAGCAGUGAGCCGGAAGUCCACAGAGAUAUUUGAAAACCAUAUUCAAGCUGGAAAGAGUCUGAUACAAUCACUGUGCAAGAAGGAUGUCUUCAUAUACCGAGAAUACAUCAAAAAUAGAUAUAUGUAGCAAGGUGUGGAAGGCCAGUAAGCUCUGUAGACAGAAAUAACACUGUAUGUAUGUAACUGAUAUCAUAGUAAAAUUAACAUUUAUAAGUUUACAUCUGUGAAUGUAUAUUUUAUACAGCAUUUUUCAUUAUAAACAUGUUCUCAAAUUACAUUUAUAACAGAAAUAGGGCAAUAUUUCAAAGGAAUGAAAUGAAAACAAUACAGUUGUGCAGAAAUGUCUGUUUGCCAGUUGAACCCUUACAGUUUGCCAUAAAAACAGAAUAUUCUGUUAAUACAUUUCAAACCUGUGGAAAAUUUUAUUCAAAAUCACAUUUAUUCAAAUCAUGUACAUUUUACUGUAAUUGUGUUUAACAUGAUUCAUUUUAUCAAAAUAUCAUUGAAGUAACAAGAAAAAUUAUAAACUGGAGAAAUUGUAUGGCUUAAAUAUACAGUAUAGAAAUUGGUUUUUUUACCUUUUUUCCUUUCAGUUUUUGCCAGUUACUUGUAUAAAUGUGUUCUUUUUAGCUUUAAGUAUGGAUAAGUUUGUUUUUUACUUUUUUAACAUAGUAUACUGUUUCAGAUAAUUUAUUAAAA